AUGGAGGGAGAAAGAGACGUAAAAGCUUUUGAUCUAGUUGUAAAGCUUCCAGCAGAUUAUUGGGCUAGUUUCAGCAACAUGUCAAAGCCCUGGAGUUCACUGACUUCCAACUCUCUUUUGAUCUCUUGUUCUAAUAAUCCCUCCUCUGAAAGAUAUUUCUUCACUGCCAAUGAUGAAGAACUGACAGCUCUUCACCGUCUCACCCUCUCCACUGCAGAUCAACCCCAUACAGUGACCCAAAUCCUUAACCAGCUCUUCUGCUUUUAUGAUGGAAAUUCCACUGUUUUUGUUUGUAAUCUGUUAAGUCAUGAAAUCAUCCCCCUUCAAACACCAAGUUGCUUGCGAUCAUGUCACAAAUAUUCCUCCAAAAAGUAUUGUCCUGAAUAUUUCUUAGGCUUUGAACCUUACUCUAAGUGCUACAAAGUUUUAAAUGUUUGUCACAUCUAUGUCGGUAACUUCAUGUCCUGUAAGAGUAUGGAUACCAAUCAUACGGAAGUCAAUUGUGAGGUAUUUGGUUUAGGUACCGAUAAUUCUUGGAGAAAAAUCGAUGCCCCACAUUUUAGGAUUCGACCCUAUAGCCAAAGUGUGUGUGUUAAUGGAACUUUACAUUGGAUGCGUACAGAUAAUGGCAAGGCAGCAGCUUUAGGAGCAUUCGAUUUGAAGGAUGAAAAAUUCAGGGCUAUGAGUCUUCCAGAGGGAGUUUCUGGACACCAUGAUUUGAUUCAAGUUGGAGAAAAUUUGGCAGUCCUGGACUGUGAUGAUUUUAGGAUGAAAUCCAAGAUAAGGCUUUGGACAUUGAAAGACUACAACAAUGAGGCUUGGAUGAAGGAGGACUUUGAUUUUCCAUUCAGCACCAUGAUGCUUAGGCGCCCUAUUCCUAUCAAUAAUAGCAACAGAGGGGAGAUCAUGCUUAUAGAAUACAAUUCAUCUUUGCUGUCGAGGGUGUUUGUUUAUGAUUUUAAGACUCAACAGAGAAGAAUGAUUGAAAUCACCGAAACUACCGAUGGAAACAACUUCAAGUUCAUGGACGUUGGCAAGCGUGCUGGAAUUUUAGUUACCUACUUAUCAGGUAAAGAACUUCCUGCCUUUCAAGGGAACUAA